GGCAGGAAGGAAGAAGGCCUAAAAGGGAAGGAAACAAUAUAACCCAUAUUUCCUGAUGGCAGAACCCCCUGGAGACCCCCAACCUCCUGAAAGUGAGGAAACCCCAGAGCAGGCCAGCCUGGCACCCCCAAGCCAAGGCAGCCAGAUUUUAAGGCAGAGCAGUCAGGGCAUUUUGAGGCAAGGCAGCCAAAGCAUUGUAAGGCAUCCCAGUAUCCAAGAUCCAGGAGCGGCGGCUCCUCCGUCGGUGGACCAAGAUGAAUCUGAAGGAGGCCCAGCGCCAGAGCAGCAGCCCCACAGGGGCAGCCUCUACCAGCCUGACCAGCCCCGGCUGAGCAUCUACGAACAGCAAGAAGGAAGAGGGGCCUUGUAUCAGCCUCAGCAGGCCCGUGGACCUCUUUUCCAGCCAAGGGCCGGCACCAUGGAGCCAAGGGGCAGCGUGACAUUUCAAGAGCCCUUGGGCAGAGGAAGCUUUGUGCAAGACCCUGCAGGAGGCAUGUCCCAGCCGGCUGAGCAGUUGCCCCCAACAGGGCCAAGAAGCAGUUUCCACCUCCCGCCGGCGGCAGUGAGAGGAAGCCAGGUCCUGCAGUCCGAAGCCGGGGGUCACGGCCCCUAUCAAACCCACGAGCCUGGACUCGGCCUGUACCAGAUGGGAGUCAACUUGUAUGAGGAUCAGAUCCCCGACCCGGGGCCCAGGGCGCUUGCGAUCAAAAACGCGAAAGCCUACCUGUUGAAGACGAGUGUCAAAACGGGUGUGAGCUUGUAUGACCACCUUGCUGAAAUGUUGGCCAAGAUUCUUGAUGAGCGGCCUGAAAACCCAGCUGAUAUAAUUGAGAACAUCAGCAAGGAUGUGAAAUGCGCUCGGUUUCAGAAGAAACUAGAUACUCUACGAGAUGAAUAUGAGAAAAGUCCAACCUAUGACCUGGCUGAAAUGUAUAAGACACUCUUCCAGAAGGGUGGAGGAGGAGAUGGAACUGAGCAAGAAUUAGAAGAGGAACUGCCAGAAACUCCUCUACCCAACGUAAUGGAAACAGCCUUCUAUUUUGAACAAGCUGGAGUUGGUUUGAGCUUGGAAGAAUAUUACCACAUAUUCCUUGCCCUCAAACAACUGGUCGCGACACAUCCAAUCCAAACCUGUCGCUUCUGGGGGAAAAUCUUAGGUAUCGAAGCAAACUAUAUUGUUGCAGAGGUGGAGUUUCGUGAGGGAGAAGAGGAAGAGGAAGCCGAGGAGGAAGAAUUACUUGAAGAGGGACUCAAGGAGGGGAGUGAAUUUAGAGAAGAUGAAGAAGAUGAAGAUGAGGAGAAAGACGAGCCGCCAAAGCCCAAUUACAAGCCGCCUCCAGUAAUACCCAAAGAAGAGAAAGGGACAGGGGCCAACAAAUUCACCUAUUUUGUUUGCAAUGAAGCAGGCAAACCUUGGGUAAAGUUGCCCCAAGUGACCCCUGCACAGAUAGUGAAUGCUAGGAAGAUCAAGAAGUUUUUCACUGGAAAGCUAGAUGCCCCUGUGGUGAGCUACCCACCUUUCCCAGGGAAUGAAACCAACUACCUCAGGGCACAGAUUGCCCGCAUCUCAGCAGCAACUCAGAUCAGUCCACUAGGAUUUUAUCAGUUUGGAGAAGAAGAGGGAGAUGAAGAGGAGGAAGGAGGAGGAAGAGACAACUAUGAAGAAAAUCCCGACUUUGAACCCAUGUCUGUGUUCGAGAUGGUUGAUUCUCUUGCCAACUGGGUGCAUCAUGUACUUAAUAUUCUAAUGCAGGGGCGGUGUACUUGGGUUAAUCCCUUUCUAAAAUCAGAAGAAGAGGAAGAAGAGGAUGAGGAAGAAGAGAAACCAGAGGAACAAGAAGAGACACAAGAAAUAGGACCCCCACUCCUCACACCAUUGUCUGAAGAUGCAGACAUUCAGAACAUCCCUCCAUGGGCAGCAGAGUUGUCAACAAACUUAAUUCCUCAAUAUGCCCUGGCAGUUCUUCAUGCCAAUUUGUGGCCCGGAGCAACCUCCUUUGCUGUCGGAAGGAAAUUUGAUAAUAUCUACAUUGGCUGGGGUCACAAAUACAGUCCAGAUAAUUACAGCCCUCCAUUGCCACCCUAUGUGCAGUCAGAAUACCCCAGUGGACCAGAAGUCACAGAAACAGUCGAUCCAACAGUAGAAGAAGAAAUGGCCCUCAAGGCUGCACAAGAAGAGGCCCUGGCAGCUGAGGAAAUGGAAGAGGAGGAGGAAGAGGAGGAUGAAGAUGAUGAUGAUUAGAAUACAAAGUGCUAGACUGGUUUUAUUUUUUCCCUCAAGAAUUUAUAAGCUUCUUUACAAAUGUGCUGGGUUUAAGCAUAGCACAAGAAAGACAGUACUGUGCUUAUUCCACCAUAUUUUCUGAUGUGUGUCUUUGUGAUAUUUUUGUUCUGAAUUGGGGGAUUGACUAUAGGGCUAUUUCUUUAUUACAAAAUGUAAUAAACUUCUGCUACA